UUCACUCAACAAAAAGACAUUCAAGGGCACAAAGUAUGGUGUGACUCCAAUUCAGCUUCAGCUACAUGAAAGAAAAGAAAAGACGCAGACCAUUCUGCUUUCUUUUUUGCUUUAUCUUUACUGCUGCUUUUCUCAACCCUUAAACAGUGUCUUUCAGACUUCUGUCUUUGGCUCCAUCCCACCAUAUCCUAAUCCAUUCCGCCACAAACAAUCCCUCUACGAUAUCAUGCAAACUCCAGCGCUUUUCUUUGUCUUUUCUCUUUGCAUAUAAAACCCGCCAUCCAACUCCAUCAACAAACAAAGACAAAACCUCAAUUCCAUCAGAAAAUUAAUAUGGAGAUAUUGUCACAGUUGUGGUCUCUGCUAGGCCUUCUGACAGUCCUCCAAAACAUUCUUCCAACCCAACUCCUCUCGUUCCUGCACUCAUUCUAUGAAUCUCUCCAAGAUUUCUUCAGCCCACAUGCCUACUUUGAAAUCCCAGAAUUCAAUGGCUAUUGUGGAGUUGACGUUAAUGAUCUCUACCGCCAUGUUAACCUUUAUCUAAACUCUGUUUACUCCUCUUCCUCUUGUCGCCGUCUAAGCCUUUCAAGAUCAAAAUCUUCCAACCGCAUUGCCUUUACUGUUGCACCAAAUCAUACAGUCCACGACUCUUUCGACGGCCACCAUCUCUCUUGGACUCACCAUGUCGAGACCAUCCAAGAUUCCCUCGAAGAAAAGAGAAGCUUCACUCUCCAGCUUCCCAAGCGCCAUCGCCUCACUCUCCUUUCCCCCUACCUCCAGCACGUCACCACAAAAGCUGAGGAGUUCGAAAGAGUUUCAAGAGAGCGGAGACUCUUUACCAACAAUGGACAUGGCUCGUAUGAAUCCGGCUGGUCAUCCGUUCCCUUUCGCCACCCCUCCACAUUUGAGACACUAGCACUCGAGCCAGAGCUAAAAGAUCAACUCAUGGAUGACCUAAAAGCAUUUUCUGAAGGAAAGGAGUUCUAUCAGAAAAUUGGACGUGCAUGGAAACGCGGCUACUUGUUACACGGUCCUCCAGGGUCCGGAAAAUCCAGCCUCAUUGCAGCGAUGGCAAAUUUCUUAUGCUAUGAUGUGUAUGAUCUUGAACUUAGCAAAGUCUCAGACAACUCUGAGCUGAGGGCUUUGCUCAUUCAAACAACCAAUCGUUCAAUAAUCGUCAUUGAAGACAUAGACUGCUCGAUUGACCUCACCGGUGACCGGCUAGCAAAGACUAGGGGAGAAUCAUCCAUCCACAACCACAAAAAGGGUCCUCCUAGCAGACAUGAUCAUCGCGGCUGCAGUGACAGUGGAGGUGGAGAUGACGGGCGGGUGACUUUAUCAGGACUCUUGAACUUCACGGAUGGACUGUGGUCUUGUUGCGGAGAAGAGAAAGUGAUUGUUUUCACCACAAACCACAGGGACAACGUCGAUCCGGCGCUUGUUAGAUGUGGGCGCAUGGACGUGCAUGUUAGCCUUGGCACGUGCGGCAUGCAUGCGUUCAAGGCCUUGGUGAAGAACUAUCUGGGGGUGGACUCAAAUGCGUCCUUUGAUGUUGCGGAGAGCUGUAUAAGAUCAGGUGGGGCCCUCACGCCAGCUCAGAUUGCUGAAAUCUUGUUGAGGAAUAGGAGGGAUGCUGACGUGGCGGUCAAAGCUGCGAUAUCUGCCAUGCAAGCAAAGAUUUUGGGUGUUGAAGGAGCAGGAGAUCACCAUGGGGGUGGUGAAUAUGAUGACCUGGCAAAAUCACUGGAAAGUUUUGACCGGAGGCUGAUGGGUUCGCCGGAUAACUGGGAGGGCUCACCGGAAAAGCUUGUAGGGAAGAAGAGGAAAGAUGGAUAUAGUUGUUCUUGGGAGAGGAAGGUCAACUUGCUUGUGAGACUUAAAUCUUUGACUAAAUCUGAUUCUGGAAGAAGGGGUGUAUGAACUUGUAAUUUGGCUAUGUGCUGACUGAUUCGCUGCAUCAUUCCUGAGCUGAAUAUCGUUUUUGUUUAAUUAGUUGUACUUUUGAGGCUUAUUUUAUGUUCUUGAAAAGUUCGACUAGUCUUAUGUACGUGGGACUGAAUUCC